GAAAAAUCUGUAAAGAAGGCACACAUAAAGAAGAGAUUACACAACCAAACUUUCAAGCAAAACCAUUUCAAACCAAACACACAAAACUUCUUCUUCUUCUUCUUCAAAGUUUGAAUCUUUCUGUCUCUCUCGAAGUCGGUAUUGAGAAAUUUCAAUCGGUGAAAAUGGUGAUGCAGCAGACGGAAGCUAGGGUUAGUGUAAGCUCAGGGCACAACAAAGCUUCCUCUCAUCGGCUAACCCAAGAUCAGAGAUCUCACAUCGAAUCUGCUUCUCAGCUCUUAGCCGGAGGUAUCGCCGGAGCUUUUAGCAAGACUUGCACUGCCCCUCUCUCUCGUCUCACCAUCCUCUUCCAGGUGCAAGGAAUGCACACAAAUGCAGCAGCUUUAAGAAAGCCGAGUAUAUUACACGAGGCUUCACGGAUACUGAAUGAAGAAGGUCUCAAGGCUUUCUGGAAAGGGAACCUUGUUACAAUUGCUCAUCGUCUUCCUUAUUCUUCUGUUAAUUUCUAUACCUAUGAACACUACAAGAAGUUGUUGUAUAUGGUUACUGGGAUGGAGAAUCAGAGGGAGAGUAGUAGUAUAAGCUCAAACGUUUUUGUGCAUUUUGUAGCCGGUGGUUUGGCUGGUAUCACUGCUGCUUCUGCUACUUAUCCUCUUGAUCUUGUUAGAACUCGUCUCGCUGCUCAGACGAAAGUAAUCUACUACACUGGUAUCUGGCAUACUCUGCGUACUAUCUGCGCUGAUGAAGGUAUCUUGGGACUCUACAAAGGACUUGGAACAACGCUUAUGGGUGUUGGACCUAGUAUUGCUAUUAGCUUUUCUGCGUAUGAAUCUUUGAGAUCUUAUUGGAGGUCAAAUAGGCCUCAUGAUUCUCCUGUAGUGGUUAGUCUAGCUUGUGGAAGUCUUUCAGGAAUAGCAUCUUCAACAGCUACGUUUCCAUUGGAUCUGGUGAGAAGAAGGAAGCAGCUAGAAGGAGUUGGUGGGAGAGCAGUUGUGUACAAGACAGGUUUGUUGGGGACAUUGAAACGUAUUGUUAAGACAGAAGGAGUGAGAGGUUUGUACAGAGGGAUUCUUCCAGAGUACUAUAAAGUGGUUCCUGGUGUUGGGAUUUGCUUCAUGACGUACGAGACACUCAAGCUUUACUUCAUGGAUCUUUCCUCAAAGCUAUAGACAGCUUUUUAUUUUGUAGGGGAUUCUUAGGUCUAUUUUUGGUGAAAAAUCAAAACUGUAAAACCCAAAGAGUGAGGAUGGAGGAUUAAUAUACGAAAAUCUAGCAGAAUCAUAUAUAUAUAUAUAUGUUGUUUGGUUAUAUCCUAGUUACAUUUUGUAGUCCUAGUUAACAAUCCAUGUUAUCAACAAGCACAUGACUUUUAUUGAACUUUUUGCAGCAAAGGAUAUGUUUUUUAUUUAUUAGAAGAGGCUACAU